CCGGGACCGCCCCGGGCCGGGCCAUGCGCUGAGGCCGCCGCGCAGCCCGCAGCCAAGGGCGGAUCCCGGGCAGGACACGCGGCGGCAGCACCUGAGGGACAAGAUGCCAGAGCAGAGCAACGAUUACCGGGUGGUCGUGUUCGGCGCCGGCGGCGUGGGCAAGAGCUCGCUGGUGCUGCGCUUCGUGAAGGGAACCUUCCGGGACACCUACAUCCCCACCAUCGAGGACACCUACCGCCAGGUCAUCAGCUGCGACAAGAGCGUCUGCACCCUGCAGAUCACCGACACCACCGGCAGCCACCAGUUCCCGGCCAUGCAGCGACUCUCCAUCUCCAAGGGUCACGCUUUCAUCUUGGUUUUCUCCGUCACCAGCAAACAGUCCCUGGAGGAGCUGAAGCCCAUCUACCAGCAGAUUGUGCAGAUCAAAGGCAGCGUGGAGAGCAUCCCCAUCAUGCUGGUGGGCAACAAGUGCGACGAGACGCAGCGGGAAGUGGAGAGCAGAGAAGGGGAGGCCAUGGCCAAGGAGUGGAAAUGCGCCUUCAUGGAAACCUCGGCCAAGAUGAACUACAACGUCAAGGAGCUCUUCCAGGAGCUGCUGAACCUGGAGAAGAGGAGGAACGUCAGCCUCACCAUCGACGGGAAGCGCUCCAGCAAGCAGAAGAGGACAGACAAAAUCAAGGGGAAGUGCAGCAUCAUGUAGAGCCCCGGACUGGCCCCCACCCCUCCCCUCGGGUCCCCUUCCCCUCCCUCCCCCCGUGGCUGGCCGUGGCAUGGCAGCGGAGCCGUCCCCUCGUCCCCUGUGCCAUCACUGUGACUGUGCGGGGACGCGGCGCUGCGCUCGCCCCGGGGCUGGGGAUGAAGACAGGACGUCCCGCCGAGCCCAGGGAUGCUCAACUGCCCCGAGCCCGGCACGUGGAUGCACGGCCAUGCACCACGGGGGGGACACAGACACACACCCCACACACACACACACUCUGCAGCACAACUGGCAGCACCAGCCCAGCCCCAGGUCCCUCCCACGUCCCCCCUCCCCAGCAGAGGAGCCCACGUCUGUCCUCGUGGGUGGGAAGGAUGGUGCAACGUGGGGGUGUCGGUGUCAGCCCUUGAGGACAGUCACACGUGAGCUGGGCCCUCCCCACGCCCCCGGCCCCACGCCAUAAGGCUCUGCUCCUGCAGGCAGAGACCUGGGGCCGGCCGGAGCAGUCCCUGCACGGCGCCCACUGCCCCUCAGCCCCCAGCCCCAGCCCUGCACCUCGGCCCUUCCUGCCUCUGAGCCCCCAGCCCCAUCCCAGCACCGUGGCCCCUCCUGCCCCAGCUGCCCCCCAACCCUCCAGCCCCAUCCCAGUGCCGCAGGCCGGAGCCACCAGCCCAAGCACAAAGCAUCGGGUCCGAGGGAGGUCCUGACCCAGCACAAUCCUGGUGAGCUCUGGCAGGAGACCCCCAGUUCCCCCCCUGCCCCCCGUUGCCCCCUUCCCGCGCAGGAUGAGCCCCCCACAGCCCAUCAGCGCCGCGAUGCCACGGUGAUGGGCGCUGCCGCUCCGUGCCGCAGUGCCCCUCCGGCGGUCAGCAACCCCCUUCCCCUGCUGUGGGGUGUCCCCACACCCCAGGAACCCCCCAACAACACCCUCCCCAGCUCCCCCAGCUCUGGUGCAGCCCUGCUUGCUCCCCCUUGGCCGGAGCAGCCCCUUCUCUCCCUCCUCUCCCCGUGCUGUCACCAGCCCCUCAUCCCAGCGGGGUUUGUCCCCUCGCUCCGGCCCCUCUGACCCUUCGUCGGGGUUGUCCCCGAGGGGUUGUCCCGGAGGGGCUGUCCCCGGGCAGGCUGGGCCCUGACUUCCCCGCAUCCCCCCUCCCCCACUCCCCCCCAUCCUCCGGCUUUUUACGAGAGGCCCCAGCGCCCAGGGGACAAGGUGACAUUACGAUGUAGCCUUUAUUCUAGAAAUAGUCUUCCUUCAAUAAAGAGAUGCGAGAUG